CUCGCGAGAGCAGCGCGGAGCGGAGCGGGGCGGCGGAGCCAUGUUGCGGGUGGCGGCGGCGGCGCGCGGCGUGCGGAGGGCGGCAUCGCUGCUGCACCGGUUUCAGAGUACGCUGGUCAUAGCCGAGCACAACAAUGAGACUCUUACACCCAUUACACUCAAUGCAGUCACCGCGGCAAAACAGCUCGGAGGUGAAGUUUCCUGUUUGGUAGCUGGGACCAGUUGUGACAAGGUAGCACAAGAAGUCAGCAAAGUGCCGGGUGUUGCCAAAGUUCUUGUGGCUCAGCACGAUGCGUACAAGGGAUUUCUAGCAGAGGAGCUGACUCCCUUGGUUUUGGAAACUCAGAAACAAUUUAAAUACACCCAUAUUUGUGCUGGAGCGUCUGCCUUUGGGAAGAAUCUUAUUCCCAGAGUGGCUGCUAAACUUGAUGUUGCUCCCGUUUCUGACAUCAUUGAGAUUAAGUCGCCGAACACUUUUGUGAGGACUAUCUAUGCAGGAAAUGUUCUUUGCACUGUCCAGUGUGAUGAAGCAAUUAAAGUGUUUUCUGUACGGGGAACUUCUUUCGAGGCCGCACCAACGAGCGGUGGCAGCGCCAGUGUGGAAAAGGUGACCCCUCCACCACCUGUUGGCGUGUCGGAAUGGAUUGAGCAGAAGUUGUCCAAAAGUGACCGACCGGAGCUUACGAGUGCAAGAGUGGUUGUAUCAGGUGGAAGAGGCUUAAAGAGUGGUGAAAAUUUUAAGUUGCUCUAUGAUCUUGCGGACCAAUUGAAUGCUGCAGUUGGAGCUUCCCGUGCAGCUGUAGAUGCUGGCUUUGUUCCUAAUGACAUGCAAGUUGGACAGACGGGUAAAAUAGUAGCACCAGAACUCUAUAUUGCUGUGGGAAUAUCUGGAGCAAUCCAGCACUUGGCCGGGAUGAAGGACAGCAAGACCAUUGUUGCUAUUAACAAGGAUCCAGAAGCUCCAAUUUUCCAAGUGGCAGACUACGGCCUGGUGGCAGACUUAUUUCAGGCUGUGCCUGAGAUGACGGAGCUCCUGAAGAAGAAGUGAGCAACUGCACUGGCCCCUGUGCUGCAGGUGGGCUGGGGAGUAAUGACAGCGCAACCCCAACAUUACCAGAGAGCGCUGGAGUCAGCGUAUGUUCUUGCUGGGCAGUGUUUGUUAUGGAUGGAGGGGGAGUGGUAGAGACAGAGGUGGUAAGAAGGAAUAAUGGUAAUAAAGGAUUGUAGUGGAAAGAG